AUGACCUGGUCAUGGAGAAACCGAAGAGCCGCCCGCCGCACGGCCGCAGAGAAAUCCGGCGAGCUGGAGCUGGAGCUGAUCAUACCGGAGCAGUUCCUCUGCCCAAUUUCGCACGAGCUUAUGAAGGACCCCGUGACCCUCUCCACAGGCAUGACCUACGACCGCUCCAACAUCGAGACGUGGAUCGACGCCGGCAACUCCACCUGCCCCGUCACCAACCAGCUCCUGCCCAAUCCCGACUCCUCCAUCCCCAACCACGCCAUCCGUAAAAUGAUCCAACACUGGUGCGUGCAGAACACGUGCCGGGGAAUCGAAAGAAUCCCCACUCCCAAGAUCCCCAUCACUUCCCACCAGCUCUCCCAAACCCUCUCCCAAAUCGAAGCAGCCGCACGAAGAAACGAUGACCAAAAGUGCAAGGAGUUUGUCGCCAAGAUCACGUCUUGGGCGCGAGAGAGUGAUCGGAAUCGACGCUGCAUUGCCGCCAAUGGCACCGCCGCAGUUCUGUCCAAAGCUUUCGACUCAUUCGCCUGCAGAAACGAUGGCUAUGCCAUUAAAGAUGGGGACAUAUUGCAAGAGCUUCUAUCAGGUCUAAUGGCAACAAUCCCCUUUCACGACGAAGCAACAAAUCGAAACCUUUCGAGCACGCCGUCACUCGAGAAACUUGUAUCGAUAAUGAAAGCCGGAAGCUUGUCGUCGCGUAGAAACGCUGUAAUAGCGGUCAAAUCGAUCCUAUCAUUCGACGAAAACAAAGCGGAGGAGAUUACAAAAAUUGAGGGAGCCUUGGAAACCCUAGUGAAGAUGAUCAAAGAGCCAAUUUGCCCAACCACAACCAAGGCUUCGCUCCUGGCAAUGUACCACACAUUGAAAUCGCCGCAAAGCGCCGCCAUUGCGGCAAGAUUGGCGGAGACAGGAUUGGUGGCGGCGUUGCUAGAAAUUCUGGCGGAGUCGUCGGGGCGGAGCGUGUGCGAGAAGGCGCUGGGGGUAUUAGACGGGCUCUGCAUGCACGGGGAGGGGAGGUUGAAGGCGUACGAGAAUGCGCUGACGGUGGCGGUGUUGGUGAAGAAGCUGCUGCGCGUUUCGGAGGUGGCGACGGAGCUGGCGAUCUCCAUACUUGUGAAGCUGGGAAGGCACGAUGAAGAUGGGGAGACAUGUGUGAAUGUGAUGAUCGAAGCCCUGGAAGUCGGGGCGUUCCAGAAGCUGCUGCUGCUGCUGCAACUAGGGACGAGUGACGUCACCAGGGAGAAGCUUUCGGAACUGCUCAGACUGCUCAAUUUGUAUCGACCCAAUGUGGAGUGCACUGAUUCUUUGGAUUUCAAGCAUCUCAAACGCUCUUUUUGA